UCCCCGCCGGGGCCCACUCUGCGGCCUCCGCCCGCCUCGCCCCCGCGCGGGCCUCCUCCCGCUCUCUCUGGCCGCUUCGCCUCCAGCCUCCCGAGGAGCCCGCCGCCGCGGGGCGCCGGGAAGAUGGCGACGGCGGGAGGCGGCGCUGGCGAGGGGGGCGCGGGCCUGGGUGGCGCGGCCGGGCCGGGGCCGUGCGGGCCGGGCCCCUCCGCCGAGACGUGCGAGGACGCCCGCGGCCCCGCGCCCCCCGCGCUGCACCCGGAGGAGGUCGCCGCGCGGCUGCAGCGGAUGCGCCGGGAGCUGAGCAACCGCAGGAAAAUCCUGGUGAAAAACCUGCCCCAGGACAGCAACUGCCAGGAAGUUCACGAUUUAUUACAAGACUAUGAGUUAAAGUAUUGUUAUGUGGACAGAAACAAGCGAACAGCAUUUGUUACCUUAUUGAAUGGGGAACAAGCCCAGAAUGCAAUUCAGAUGUUUCAUCAAUAUUCUUUUCGAGGAAAAGACUUAAUAGUCCAGCUCCAGCCAACAGAUGCUUUGCUGUGUAUCACCAACUUGCCCACUUCUUUUACAUUAGAAGAGUUUGAAGAACUUGUUCGUGCGUAUGGAAACAUUGAGAGAUGUUUUCUGGUCUACAGUGAAGUCACUGGCCAUUCCAAAGGCUAUGGAUUUGUGGAAUACAUGAAAAAGGACUUUGCUGCAAAGGCUAGAUUGGAGCUAUUGGGCAAACAGUUGGGGGCAUCAGCUCUCUUUGCACAAUGGAUGGAUGUUAAUCUAUUGGCCGCAGAGCUCAUUCAUUCUAAGUGCCUUUGUAUAGAUAAACUCCCUACUGACUACAGAGAUUCCGAGGAGCUGUUGCAACUUUUCUCCAGUACCCAUAAACCUGUGUUUUGCCAGCUUGCACAGGAUGAAGGUAGUUACGUUGGUGGCUUUGCAGUGGUUGAAUAUGACACUGCAGAGCAUGCUGAGGAGGUUCAGCUAGCCGCUGACGGCAUGACCAUCAAGGGGAGCAAAGUGCAAGUUUCCUUCUGCGCCCCAGGAGCCCCCGGGCGAAGUACGUUAGCCGCGUUGAUAGCAGCUCAACGCGUGAUGCACAGUAAUCAGAAGGGCUUACUUCCAGAGCCAAAUCCUGUACAAAUUAUGAAGAGUUUAAACAAUCCUGCCAUGUUACAGGUUCUUCUACAACCCCAACUCUGCGGGCGAGCUGUUAAACCAGCAGUUCUUGGAACACCUCACAGCUUGCCACAUCUGAUGAAUCCAUCCAUCUCCCCUGCAUUUUUACAUUUGAAUAAAGCACAUCAGAAUCUCUCCCAUGUAUCACUGGCACAGCAACAAUUAAUGAAGUUUGAGAAUAUUCAUACUAAUAAUAAGCCGGGCUUGCUUGGAGAUCCCCCGGUGAUGGUACUUCAGGCUGCAGUAGGAAUAGGGUCAGCCCUUCCCUUGAAAACAGAGUUGGGUCAUCAUGGAGAAGCACAUAAAACAUCUAAUCUGAUUCCAACUCAAACAACUCUAACAGCUGGAAUGGGCUUAUUACCGUUCUUUGCAAAUCAGCACAUUGCUGGACAAGCUGGGCCAGGGCAUGGGAAUACUCAGGAGAAACAGCCAGCCUCCGUGGGAAUAGCAGAAGGAAAUUUCUCAGGGUCACAGGCUUAUCUUCAGAGCUUUCCGAACCUUACUGCUGGAGGUUUGCUGGCAGGACACCAUAAGCAACAACAGAGUCAGCCAAAAAGCACAGAGAUGAGUUCAGGGGCUGCCUCUAAGAAUCAGACUUCACUCUUGGGGGAACCGCCCAAAGAAAUCCGGCUUAGUAAAAAUCCGUACCUAAACCUGGCGAGUGUGUUGCCCAGUGUGUGCUUAUCAUCCCCUGCAAGUAAAACCACUCUACAGAAGACUGGAAUUGCGAGCAACAUUCUGGAGGCAGUCUCUCAGGAAAACGAAUCACAACACACCUUGGAAAAGAGCAUUGCUUAUUCUCAGCCUUUUGGUGAUUUUGCACAGGUGUCAUCUUUAAGAAAUGAAAAGCGAGGCUCAUCUUAUCUCAUCUCUGCCCAAGAAGGUGGUUCAGUGGAACUUGUUGACCAGCAUUCUCAGGGCACAGGAGCAUAUUACAUGGAGACCUACUUAAAAAAGAAGCGUGUGUACUGAGCUAAGUUCUCUCCUUAUAUAACCUCCUAUGGUUCUUUGAGUAUCUCUGCUAUUCAUCGCUGCCUUAACUACAUUCAUACUAGCCAUAUCCUUUAAAUACGGGUUUAUAAUUUCCCAGAAGGAAUUGUGUUGUGCAGCAGGCAGAAUUGCCAAAUAAAAAGUAAGUAGCAAUAAGAAGGGACAUUUUCCAAUAGAAGUAGAUGCAUCUUAAUCAAUGUGGUAUUAACUUAUAGUCCAGUGCAGAAAUUAACAAUAUUCCUUGUUUUAGGACUGGGAAUAGUUUUGACACCAUACAUAAAAAUUUGAAGCAAUAAAUGGGAAACAGUCUUGUUUCCUGGGCCUUAGAAGAAUGAGUUUCUUACACGCCAAUGUGCAUUUCUAUUUACCUUCCCUUGAAGUAAUCUUAUUUAUAGACUUUUAGAAUUACAGAAUUACAGGAGUACAAGUACAAAAUGCAGCAAUAUUGAAAAAAGAUGCUAUACAUGCAAACUAAAUUAUUAGCCACACACACCAGCCAUGUAAUAUAAUAUAAAACCCCCACAUAGAGUGAUGUCCAGGUAUACACGCCCACAGAUUCCUUACUUCUAAUAUGUUAUUAACCAUGUAUGCCUUUUGUGAAAAAAUAAGGUAUUUUAAGAAAAGUAGCUUUGAUAAUCUUACUUAAGGGGGUGGCAAACCAAACCCUGGGAUUAAUUUUAGUCCUCCACCUGUUUUGUACAGACUACAAGCUAAGAAUGAUGUUUACAUUUUUAAAUGGUUGGAGGAAUAACGAAAAUUUUAUGAAAUUGUGUCCAUACAUAAAAUUUUAUUGGAACACAACCAUGCUUACUCACACCCUGUUACUUUUGUGCUACAAUGGCAGUCCCGAGUAGCUGGACAGAGACCUGCAAAGUCUCAAAUAUUUACCAUUUGGUCCUUCAUCAAGAAAGUUAGCUGAUCCCUGACCUAAUAGUACUAAUUCCCUAAUCCUUUUACUUCACCUGAAGAAAGAACUUUAACUUUUGCAGCUGACUUUUGUAAGUGGCAAGGAACUUAGGUUUCUGUCUCAUUCCAUGACAUAUCGACUAGUAAUUAGAUCAUUACCGGAACAGGACAGAUUUGGAUCAUUAAAUGCGUUAUUUCACCGUAUGACAGUAGAGCAGUCAAUGCUGUCCUUCCUGAAGGAGUCUUAUGGAGUGACAGUAUUUACCACCAUUUUGAACUAAUAAGCUUUACUUCACUUUGUCUCUUAUUCUGUUGUAGUGUGUUAGGCUGAAAAUAAAACUCUUUUAUUGCAUAUAACUUCUGACAUUGGUAUUAAACGCAUGAGAAACCCUUUGCCAUCUGGAAAUAGCAAAGUUUGUUCCUUGUUAUGAGACUGUAAUUGAUAAGGAAUUUAGGUAUCUCAACGAUCCUAGUCUUUUUGAAUUCAGAUCGUUAAAUAUCUUGUAAUUUGGGGGACUUAUUAUUUUUGACCAUGAUGAGGUAUCUAUCCUGUCUUAAUUAUGAAGUUAAAAAAAUUGGUGCAUAUGUUGUAAAGAACAUUACUUGGUAUAAUUUAUUGCAUAUAUUAACUUCUUUUGGAAAAUGACAGCUAGAAAGCUAAACUAAGAUAAUGUCUAAGAAGGAUACAAGGAUACUACCUAUGAAUAACGAUCAGGCUAGGCAUGACUCAGCAGACGAAUAAUGGGUUCUCCAUGCUCUGCACUUCUCCUGCGUAAGCUUCCGUGCUUAGUCACACCUCUGUGAUAGUACAGACAGAAGAUGGUGAGUUUUAAAUCAGAGCUGCGAAAUGAAAAGUCACACAGCACAUGUGGAUCUGCCCUCUGUCCUGGCUUAUGCACCACUAACAUUAGACAUAAGUACAAAUCAAGUGUUGUUAGUAAUAUAUUUUUCUAAGUAAACAAAUUGUUUGAAAUGCUUUGA